AUGGUUAGCACUCUGGACUUUGAAUCCAGCGAUCCGGGUUCAAAUCCCGCACUCUGGACUCUGAAUCCAGCGAUCCGGGUUCAAUUCCCGCGUGAACUGAACGACUGGAUGAGUGUUGACGAUGUUUGUGGACGGUCGAUGGAUUGUUGGUCUGGUUGCUCUUAUGGUGUAAUGGUUAGCACUCUGGACUUUGAAUCCAGCGAUCCGGGUUCAAAUCCCGCACUCUGGACUUUGAAUCCAGCGACCGGGUUCAAAUGCACUCUGGACUCUGAAUCCAGCGAUCCGGGUUCAAUUCCCGCACUCUGGACUUUGAAUCCAGCGAUCCGGGUUCAAAUCCCGGUAGGAGCUCGUUUUUCACUCUGGACUCUGAAUCCAGCGAUCCGGGUUCAAUUCCCGCACCUGGAUGAACAGCGACGGGUCAAAGGUAGGAGUCGUUUUGGGGGUCAAACAGGGGUUGGGAGCAAUUUGAGAGGAGAGGAUAGUUUGAGUUUGAAAAGCGUAGAUGAUUUGGAGGGAUGGUAA